CCCCGCCCCCGAGGGAGGGGUCCCAGGCUCUCGGGCUCCCCCUGUCGCCCACCUCCUGCUUUGGUAGCUCCGGUGCCCAAAGCGCCCCAGUCCUGAGCCCUCUGAACUUGGAGGGUCGCCGCGAUCUGACACUCCCAAAUCCCAGCAUUGCUCCCCCAGACAGUGUGCGUCUUUGUAAAGGGUGGAGAAGAGCUUCGGAGACCCUGUCCUUACAGGGAUUCAAGAGGCGCCUCGUGAACUUCAAAAGUCCUGCGCGGAAACCCAGCUGCUGGGCUGCUGGCUCACCUGGGGUCUCCAGCUCCAGUCAGUAAAGAAGGAGGCUCUUAGCAUCACCUCUCUCAUACCCAGGGGGCCAGGCCCCAGCACUCUCCCCUUCAUAUCCCCUGUGUUGGAAUUUAGGAUCCCACUUUAACAUUUUAUAGCUUGAGAGUUUUACCACCAGGAAUCUAGGUCCACAGUCCCUUCCUCCUGUGCCACCUUACAAUUCAGACCCUAAGUCCCUUCUUUUUCAGGACCAUGCACCUUCAGACCAGCCCUUCCAGACUUUGGGAACGAAGGGAACAGGAGUUUCCUAGUGGGCUCAAGGGCAAAACUCUGGACUUGCACUGCCUCAGGUGCUCGUGGGCCUGGUACUAGCCCAGACUCCAGAACCGGCUCCAUAUCUGCAAGCCCCCACCCCCACUCUCAGACCCCAAUUUCAAGGACCCAGUUGUCUGGUACCACCCUCCUACACAGAGGCUCACAGGCGGCCUUAUAGGAUUGCUUGACCAGGAGGGCAGCAUGGGCAGAUGGCCUUGUGGGCACUCAGAGGCCAGGCUGUGGUCUGGACACAGCAGAUGCGGCUUUACUUCUGGAUGUCCAAGCACCAUGGCUACUGAUUACUGUGCUCCUUAGUAAAGGAAGGUGCGUAGCCGUGCUUCCUCAGAGGCUUGUAUGUACUAUAACUAUAUCUCAGUGACAUUCAUGAGACCAAGGCUGGUUUGUGCUAGGAAAGGCAGAAUGCCUGAACACUUUAAAAGGGGCUCAGGAUUAGGUCCAUAGGUUCCAGAAGAGAUGAGGACCCUGGAGUCCGAGGGAGGAGGCUGGGCCUGAACCCUGGAGUCUGAGGGAGGAGAGCUGGGAUUGAACCCUUGGGUCUGAGGGAAAAAGCUGGGCCUGGACCCACCAGGGUCUGAGGGAGAAGGCUGGGCCUGGAUCCUAGUCUGAGGGAGGAGAGCUGGGGCUUGAACCCUUGGGUCUGAGGAAUGAACCCUUGGGGCCAAGACUUCUAAUUCCAUAAUAGAGACCUAGUUUUUGAGCCCAGCCUUUUGGGGUGACAGAAGCCAAGGUCGGGUCUUGGCAUGGUGGUCAGUUGGUUACAGGAGCCAAAGAAAGGCCUCCAGGUGCUGAGCCUUUGUGAGGAGGGGGCUCAGGGCAGCUCCCACAGCACAGGAAUCUCAAUCAGAAACUAACAUCCCCACGCUGGUUCUGAAUCCCCCCCCCCUCCUUUUUUAUUUGCAGCCCCUCUCCCGUGUCCCAGGAGGAAGCCAGGGGCUGGGAGCCGGGGCAGGGGGCGGCCCUUCCCCCAGCCCUCGCAGGAGGAGGGGUCCCCGGAGAGGCCAGGAGGGGGGGCUGUGGGUCUCCAGCAGGGACGGACGGGGACUGAAUGUUAAUCGCAUCCCGACUGAGCGUGUGUGAGAGAGCAGUGAGUGUGCGAGUCCCUCCCGCUCCAGCUCCUCCAAGCCACGGCCGCCGCCGCCGCCGCCACCCUCCGCCCGCAGCCUCCUGGCCACCAGCGCCCAGCUGGGGGUGUGGGCCUGGGUGGGUCCGCCCGGCCCCCAGGGGUCUCCCGUGAGACUGCCAUCUGCCCGCGCAACAUGUGUAGCCUCGUCCUCACCUAGUCCGGGUGCCUGCAACCUUGGGGGACAGACAGGGCAGGUCAGGAUCAAGGAAGAGGAGGGAGACAGCCAGGGACAGGAAAGAGGUCCCUGCCGCUGCUGCUACCACCGCGCCAGCACUACUGCCUCCUGCCACCGCCCCAGGGCCUGCCCCCCCCCCCACCGGCUCCGCGAGCCCUCCGCAGAAUCUUCGGGUCCCUGGACACUGGGUUCCGGUUCUGGCCCCUCUGAAAUCCCCCCCACAGAACAGGGUCAUGAAAAGGGGCCGCCCGGCGGGACCCGCAGGCGAUGCGCCGCGCCGGGGGACCCCGCGGCCCUCGGGGCCCCGCUAGGAUGCUGCUGCUGCUCGCGCUGGCCUGCGCCAGCCCUUUCCCGGAGGAGACGCCAGGGCCGGGCGGGGGCGCCGGGCCGGGCGGGGGCGCAGGCGGGGCGCGGCCGCUCAACGUGGCGCUCGUGUUCUCGGGGCCCGCGUACGCGGCCGAGGCGGCGCGCCUGGGCCCGGCGGUGGCAGCGGCCGUGCGCAGCCCGGGCCUGGACGUGCGGCCGGUGGCGCUGGUGCUCAACGGCUCGGACCCACGCAGCCUCGUGCUGCAGCUCUGCGACCUGCUGUCGGGGCUGCGCGUGCACGGCGUCGUCUUUGAGGAUGACUCUCGCGCGCCCGCCGUCGCGCCCAUCCUCGACUUCCUCUCGGCCCAGACCUCGCUGCCCAUCGUGGCCGUGCACGGCGGUGCAGCGCUCGUGCUCACGCCUAAGGAGAAGGGCUCCACCUUCCUGCAGCUGGGCUCUUCCACCGAGCAGCAGCUUCAGGUCAUCUUCGAGGUGCUGGAGGAGUAUGACUGGACAUCCUUCGUGGCGGUGACCACGCGUGCCCCCGGCCACCGCGCCUUCCUGUCUUACAUCGAGGUGCUGACCGACGGCAGCCUGGUGGGCUGGGAGCACCGCGGGGCGCUGACGCUGGACCCGGGCGCGGGCGAGGCCGUGCUGGGGGCGCAGCUCCGCAGCGUCAGUGCACAGAUCCGCCUGCUCUUCUGCGCGCGCGAAGAAGCCGAGCCCGUGUUCCGAGCCGCCGAGGAGGCCGGCCUCACCGGGCCCGGCUACGUGUGGUUCAUGGUGGGACCCCAGCUGGCCGGAGGCGGGGGCUCGGGGGCCUUCGGGGAGCCCCUUCUUCUGCCAGGAGGAGCUCCACUGCCCGCAGGGCUGUUUGCAGUGCGCUCGGCGGGCUGGCGGGACGACUUGGCCCGGCGUGUGGCAGCUGGGGUGGCGGUGGUGGCUAGAGGCGCCCAGGCCCUGCUGCGGGACUAUGGCUUCCUGCCCGAGCUGGGCCACGACUGCCGCGCCCAGAACCGCACCCACCGCGGAGAGAGUCUGCAUCGGUACUUCAUGAACAUCACCUGGGAUAACCGGGACUACUCCUUCAAUGAGGACGGCUUCUUGGUGAACCCUUCCUUGGUGGUCAUUUCCCUCACCAGAGACAGGACGUGGGAGGUGGUGGGCAGCUGGGAACAGCAGACUCUCCGCCUCAAGUACCCGCUGUGGUCCCGCUACGGCCGCUUCCUGCAGCCUGUGGAUGACACGCAGCAUCUCACGGUGGCCACGCUGGAGGAGAGACCCUUUGUCAUUGUGGAGCCUGCUGACCCCAUCAGCGGCACCUGCAUCCGAGACUCGGUCCCCUGCCGGAGCCAGCUCAACCGAACCCACAGCCCUCCACAGGACGCUCCCCGCCCAGAAAAGCGGUGCUGCAAGGGCUUCUGCAUCGACAUUCUGAAGAGACUGGCACACACGAUCGGCUUCAGCUACGACCUCUACCUGGUCACAAAUGGCAAACACGGAAAGAAGAUAGAUGGUGUCUGGAACGGCAUGAUUGGGGAGGUGUUCUACCAACGUGCAGACAUGGCCAUCGGCUCCCUCACUAUCAACGAGGAGCGGUCUGAGAUAGUGGACUUUUCCGUGCCCUUCGUGGAGACAGGCAUCAGCGUCAUGGUGGCCCGUAGCAAUGGCACCGUGUCCCCAUCCGCCUUCCUCGAGCCCUACAGCCCUGCUGUGUGGGUGAUGAUGUUUGUCAUGUGCCUCACCGUGGUCGCUGUCACUGUUUUCAUCUUCGAGUACCUCAGUCCUGUGGGCUACAACCGCAGCCUGGCCACGGGCAAACGUCCUGGCGGCUCAACAUUCACCAUUGGGAAAUCCAUCUGGCUGCUCUGGGCCUUGGUGUUCAAUAACUCAGUGCCCGUGGAGAACCCCCGGGGAACCACCAGCAAAAUCAUGGUGCUGGUGUGGGCCUUCUUCGCUGUCAUCUUCCUCGCCAGCUACACAGCCAACCUGGCUGCCUUCAUGAUCCAGGAGGAAUAUGUGGACACUGUGUCUGGGCUCAGUGACCGCAAGUUCCAGCGGCCCCAGGAGCAGUACCCGCCCCUGAAGUUUGGGACAGUACCCAACGGCUCCACGGAGAAGAACAUCCGCAGCAAUUACCCCGACAUGCACAGCUACAUGGUGCGCUACAACCAGCCACGCGUAGAAGAGGCCCUCACCCAGCUCAAGGCAGGGAAGCUGGAUGCUUUCAUCUAUGAUGCCGCUGUGCUCAACUACAUGGCCCGAAAGGACGAGGGCUGCAAGUUGGUCACCAUCGGCUCCGGCAAGGUCUUCGCCACCACAGGCUAUGGCAUCGCUUUGCACAAAGGCUCCCGCUGGAAGCGGCCCAUCGAUCUGGCACUCCUGCAGUUCCUGGGGGACGAUGAGAUCGAGAUGCUGGAGCGACUGUGGCUCUCUGGGAUCUGCCACAACGACAAGAUCGAGGUGAUGAGCAGCAAGCUGGACAUCGACAACAUGGCCGGGGUUUUCUACAUGUUGCUAGUGGCCAUGGGCCUGUCCCUGCUGGUCUUCGCCUGGGAGCACCUGGUGUACUGGCGCCUGCGGCACUGCCUGGGGCCCACGCACCGCAUGGACUUCCUGCUGGCCUUCUCCAGGGGUAUGUACAGCUGCUGCAGCGCCGAGGCCGCCCCGCCGCCUGCCAAGCCGCCGCCGCCGCCACAGCCCUUGCCCAGCCCCGCCUACCCCGCGGCGCGCCCCGCGCCUGGCCCCGCGCCUUUCGUGCCCCGCGAGCGCGCCGCCGUGGAUCGCUGGCGCCGGGCCAAGGGCGCAGGGCCCCCGGGGGGCGCGGGCCUGGCCGACGGCUUCCACCGCUACUACGGCCCCAUCGAGCCGCAGGGCCUGGGCCUGGGCGAGGCGCGGGGGACGGCCCGGGGAGCGGCCGGGCGUCCACUGUCGCCGCCGGCUACGCAGCCCCCGCAGAAACCGCCGCCCUCCUACUUCGCCAUCGUGCGCGACAAGGAGCCGGCCGACUCCGCCUCGGGCGCCUUUCCCGGGUUCCCGUCGCCGCCCGCGCCUCCCGCCACCGCCUCCGCCGCCGCUGCCGCCGUCGGGCCGCCGCUGUGCCGCCUGGCCUUCGAGGACGAGAGCCCGCCGGCGCCGGCGCGGUGGCCGCGCGCGGACCCCGAGAGUCAACCGCUGCUGGGCCCGGGCGCAGGUGGCGCAGGGGCCGCAGGCAGCGCGGGCGGUGGGGUCCCGGCCGCUCCGCCUCCGUGCCGUGCCGCGCCGCCGCCCUGCCCGUACCUCGACCUCGAGCCGUCGCCGUCGGACUCGGAGGACUCGGAGAGCCUGGGCGGCGCGUCGCUGGGCGGCCUGGAGCCCUGGUGGUUCGCCGACUUCCCUUACCCGUACGCUGAGCGCUUCGGACCGCCGCCUGGUCGCUACUGGUCGGUCGACAAGCUUGGGGGCUGGCGCGCCGGUAGCUGGGACUACCUGCCCCCGCGCACCGGGCCCGCCGCCUGGCACUGCCGCCACUGCGCCAGCCUGGAGCUGCUGCCACCGCCACGCCACCUCAGCUGCUCACACGACGGCCUGGACGGCGGCUGGUGGGCGCCGCCGCCCCCACCGUGGGCCGCGGGGCCCCCGCCCCGGCACCGGGCGCGCUGCGGAUGCCCUCGGUCACACCCGCAUCGCCCGCGCGCCUCGCAUCGCGCGCAGGCGGCGCCCCACCACCACCGGCACCGGCGCUCCGCGGGGGGCUGGGACCUCCCGCCGCCCGCGCCCACCUCGCGCUCGCUGGAGGACCUCAGCUCAUGUCCCCGCGCCGCGCCCGCACGCAGGCUCACUGGGCCCUCGCGCCACGCGCGCCGGUGCCCGCACGCUGCGCACUGGGGGCCGCCGCUGCCCACCGCGCCCCACCGGAGACACCGGGGCGGGGAGCUGGGCACGCGCAGGGGCUCGGCGCACUUCUCCAGCCUCGAGUCCGAGGUAUGACUUGGCCCCGGGGGCCCUGUCGCCCCCUCGGUCAGCGCAGGCCACGGCCCGAGGAGGCGCGCGCAGUGGACAGGACCCACGUGGAUUGGGGAGGAACCACAGGCAACUGGCCGGACCCCGCUUGGAGCAGCGUCCUGCGCCCCCUCGCACUGGGGGAUCACGAGCCAGAGGGGAUCUGGUCUGC